AGAUCACAAACCAUUCUAACGGGACCUUUCUAUAGAAGGGCCCUACCAAUUCCCUCCACCUCAAAUUCAAUGGAAGAAAACUAAUAAUUAACGUAAAGAUAAAGGCAUUAGACAACCACAAAAGAAGUUUUUUUUUUCCCUCCUUUUUCUUUCCGACCGUUGCAAAUGCAAGCUCUGGUUUUCAAUAUCUAACCAUCCUUUUUCCUUAUGGAUUAGAGACCAAGAGCUAUAUAUCUCCUUACAUUCGAGAACCUCCGAGAAGUGGAGCAGGCCGGCAUCAAUUCGAUCAAGAAAUGGCAGAGGUUACACCCCUGCAAAAUUCCCACCAGCACAAUCGAAUCUUUCAGCCACUGUUAGACGAUGCUUCCGACCCAGUUACUCCGCUUCUUUCGUGGAGCUCAGACUUGGAGAGCCAUGACUUUACCAUGGAGAGGGGACCGAGAUACCGGGCGUACUCUGAGCUGAGAGAAUCGAAGCUGAGGAUGAAGCAGUCUGGGCAACGGCCGGAACAGGAACAAAAAGAUGAGGGUCAAGACACCAAACUCACCCCGGCGAAGAAACAGGUCAGAUUCCAGUUGGAUUCGGGAAAUCCAAGGAAAGGGUCAUCAAUCUUGGCUCAGUCUGUCCCUGACUUCUCCUCCGCUCUGAGGAAGGAGAACCGAAAACCCCCCAGCAGGGUGUACGAGCUCACCCCACCAUCGAAGAGCUGGUCUAGAGUGAACAGCGCGGGGACCAAUCCAAGAGGAAGCAAGUCGGCGAGUGGGGUAGAGAAGAAGAGCGGGGGGUUGAUGGCAAGGAAGAGCUGUGUGAGUCUUGAGGAAUUGAAGGGAUUGGCCUCUGCUGCAGGGAAUGCCAUUAACAAUGGAAGUGGGGCUGUUUCUGGACAAAGAAAGUUCAUGAUUUGAAUUCUUUCACGCCAGAUUGUCUGCCCUAUCAGAUGCAAUACCUUGUAUUUCCGAUUCGUAACUAUUGGUGCCGAGAGAGAGAGAGAGAGAGAGAGAGAGAGAGAGAGAGAGAGAGAGAGAGAGAGAGAGAGAGAGAGAGAGAGAGAGAGAGAUCGAUUUCGAUCUUGUAGCUCGAAUGUGGGGCUUGAAGUUGUGCUGUAACGAAGGGAGUCUGUUUCUUUAUUUCA